ACGGAUAUUGAAUGAAGCUUUUCAAAAUGGCGGCGCCCGCAGCGGAGAGCGGCGCGCGUGCGAGUGAAUCCGACAUGGCAGCUGGUAGAGCGGUUUCCUCGGCUUUCCCGCUCGCUCUCCGGGUUGUCGCGGAGUGUCCGGUGAGCAAGGCGCGUGCGUGUGUGCUCAGUCUCCCCCACGACAGCGUUAACACUCCGGUGUUCAUGCCGGUGGGCACGCAGGGCACCAUGAAGGGAAUCACUACGGAACAACUGGAACAGCUGGACUGUCACAUCUGUCUCGGGAACACGUAUCACCUGGGCAUGAGACCUGGUCCUGAGCUGAUCGAGAAAGCCGGCGGCCUGCACGGAUUCAUGAACUGGAAGCGAAACCUCUUGACGGAUAGUGGAGGUUUCCAGAUGGUGUCUCUGGUGGAGCUGUCCGAGGUGACAGAGGAGGGCGUGCUCUUCCGCUCACCGUACGACGGAAAGGAGAUCCUGCUGACCCCCGAGCAGUCCGUCGCCAUCCAGAACAGCCUCGGCUCGGACAUCAUGAUGCAGCUGGACGACGUGGUGAGUAGCACGCUGACGGGGCCGAGGGUGGAGGAAGCCAUGCGUCGCUCCGUGCGCUGGCUGGACCGCUGCAUCGCCGCCAAUAAAAAUCCACAUCGGCAAAACCUGUUCGCCAUCAUACAGGGAGGACUUAACGCCGAGCUGCGCAAGGCGUGUCUGGACGAGAUGACAAAGAGAGACGUACCCGGCUUUGCCAUCGGCGGUCUGAGUGGCGGAGAGGAGAAGGACGACUUCUGGAAGAUGGUGACGCUCAGCACAGACCACUUGCCCAGAGAGAAGCCCCGCUACCUGAUGGGAGUCGGCUACGCCGUGGACCUGGUGGUGUGUGUCGCUCUGGGCUGUGACAUGUUCGAUUGCGUUUUUCCAACUCGCACAGCUAGGUUUGGCUCGGCUCUGGUCCCUUGGGGUUCUCUACAGAUCAAACAGAAACAGUAUGCAAAGGACUUCCAGCCCAUAGACCCCGACUGCGAGUGUCCGACCUGCAAGAGACACAGUCGAGCGUAUCUGCACGCGUCGUUUAAGAGCGACACGGCCGCCAUGCAUCACAUCACCAUCCACAACAUCUCCUACCAGCUGACUCUCAUGCGCUCAGUGCGGCAGAGCAUCAUCGAGCAGCGCUUCCCCGAGUUUGUGCGCAGCUUCAUGAGGAGGAUGUUCCCCAGCGCAGAGCAGUACCCGAGCUGGGCCGUGGACGCGCUUGCAUCCGUCAACAUUACUCUGGAUCGUGAAGACGUUCAGGGCGAGAUCUGAACUAUGAUGGAAGUGUUGGUAUGCUUCCCUUUUGAGCUGACAGACUUCCUGUUUCCAGCCUGUACAUCUGUCCAGAUGUUCUCUUUGGUGCUAUUUUAGUGACCACAAGACUGAUGAUUAUUUUUAUCCAGUCAUUGUCUGUUUUUAGCUGGUGCACAUAGCAUUGGAAAAAGUUUUUCUAUUGCUGCCAUAUUUAUUUUCACAAA